CGCGUGGAAGUUUUCAAGCACUCUCAAAACUCCAUCUUUUUCUCCUUUCACUCGGUGACUCUGCUCUCUCUCUCUCUCUCAGAGCAACACAAUCAGAUUUAAUUAGCACCUCAUCUAUAUAUAGAUUUCAUGUAUUCAAAGCUCUGGCUAGAACCAUAUAUCGGACAUAAACAGCAUCAAAUAAAGCAGGCCAACAAAGAAGGAAAGACAACAACAAAUGGAGCCAAAGCCACCAGGCUUCCGCUUCUAUCCAACUGAAGAAGAGCUUGUUUCUUUCUAUCUUCGGAACAAGCUUGAAGAAAACAGACCCGACUUCAACCUUGUCAUCCCCACUCUCAAUGUUUAUGAGCUCGACCCAUGGAACCUUCCAAAGCUUUCUGGGGAGCUGUGCCGAGGAGACACUGAACAGUGGUUUUUCUUCAGCCCAAGGCAAGAGAGGGAAGCUCGCGGCGGCAGGCCUAGCCGAACAACCGCUUCCGGCUACUGGAAGGCCACCGGUUCUCCGGAUUACGUUUACUCGGUUGAUAACCGAGUGAUUGGGCUCAAGAAGACGAUGGUGUUUUACAAAGGCAAAGCUCCCAGCAGCCGCAAAACCAAGUGGAAGAUGCACGAGUAUAGAGCCAUUGAACCUCAAUCCACCUCCCCAUUUGGACCCACCGACCCAAGGUUGAGACAUGAGAUCAGUUUGUGCAGGGUUUAUGUUGUAUCGGGAAGCUUUCGAGCAUUCGAUAGACGCCCAUUAGGGGCAGAGGCCAGCGAAACAAGUUGCAGCCAGCAGCAGGUUCAUGGCAAUAAUGGAGCUAAAACACUGCUUAAUUCUUCCCAAGCGGCUCAAACAGCGGAGAAAACGAGCUCGCCGGAGAGUUCAAAGUCAGAAGACGAUCAUCUUGAAUUCCCAGAUGCCAAUUUUGGGAUGGUUACUGAAGAAGAGCCUUUGUGGGAAUGGGAGCAGCUCAAUUGUCUCUAAUAAGCAGAGAUCAAUUUGCCGGCCGCUGGAGCUAACAACUGUUAAUUAAUUGUGUAAAGUAAAGAAAAGGAGUGGUUUAAUUUAGACAGUUUGAUCUCCUUUUGUUUUGUUAAUCUAAGAUUUAUACUUUUUGGUUUAAGAAAUUGUUGUUGGGAGAGACUGUAUACUGUUGUGGAGAAAUGAGAAGUAUAAUAAUAGGAUUUUGAAGUUUAUUAGUCAA